AUGGAAGAUGGAAAUGGCCAGUCAUACACAGAGGAUAGGAUCAAAGCUUCAGGGACCCAGCCAGGUCUUGGCUUGAGGACUUCCAACAAGAGGGCUUGUGUUAGGCCCACCAUAUCAGGAGUCAGACAGGCUGUGUCUCCAGAUCCUCCAGAAAUGGGCAGUGGGAAGCAGCCCACCUCAACUCCGGGAGGUCCAGAGAAGGAGCCUGGACACGCAGUGGCCUCAGAGGAGCAGCCUUCAGAACUCAGGACCCAGGAUCCGAGAACUCAGGCAAGGCCAGGGAAGAAGCAAUCCUCACAGUCUCCCCUAGAAGGACCAGGAGAACUGAAAGAAGGCCAGGAUCAGAGCAAGCCAGGGAGCAAGCUGGAAUUGCAGCCUCAUCCAAUUCCUGUGGUGACCGCUGGGCUGCAGCAGCCAGGCUCAGGGGAGAAGCCCGGGAGGCAGCAGAGAAUGCAGUCUAAUUUAGAGCCUUCGGAGGGUCAGCCCCCUGAGAGCUGCCAGCUGGACCUAAGGGAACAUGAAGACACAGCAACCCUGGAGGAAAAGACAGACAACUUCCAGCCCUCAAAUCCAGGACCUAAAACACCUGAAGGAGGGUGA